AAACAGGCCAUUUUCUGUGUUUGGACUGUUGGAAUCUCAGAAGACCAAAUCUUUGGGUAUCCUAAGAUUUGGAAAAGGGCUAUCCUACGUUCUUGUUCUUAGAAGAACUUGUCUAAUAAAAUGCUUGGAGAAGCAUUCUUAACUGAAUUCCUUUACAAAGAACAGAAACAUGCAAAAUUUUGCAAACCACUAAGGUGUAAGAAGACUUUAAAUGAUGAAAAAGAAAUGUGGAAAAAGAAGCUUUUAGAUAGAGAUGACAACUCACCUCCCCGGCUUAAGAAGGAAAAUGAAGAGAAAGUUAUAAAAGGAAGUUUAAUUGAACUAGGUAAUGACGCAGCUCAAGAAAACCCUGAGAAUGAGCUACUGGUGGCAAAAUGCAAAAGUACACCUCUUCCAGGAAAUGUAUCCAUUGCAUUGCCCAUUCCAAGGAGGGAACAUGAUGAACAACAACUGGAUUUAUAUCGAUCCUGGUCAUGUACAAGUAUUUGCCAGAAUUAUCCUGACCUGCAGAUUGGAGGUGACCAUGUUGGGAACAUGUAUGAUUCUGGCUGCUCUGUGGAACAUACCCAUGAUGAGUUUUGUAAUGGUCCCCUUUUAUUUUCAGUGGAUAAACCUUUGGGUCAUUCUCCUAAAGUUGAUUCUUUAGAGAAAACAUCAAAGUUGUUAAAUGGGGAUGAAAUUCAAGAAAAGAGUAUGAUAUUACAUAAACAGCCGCUUUCUAAUUCUAUGCUUAAUAGUUAUAUGGAAAAAAAGGUGGACGAACUCUACAAACAAUUUUUGGAAGAAAAUCUCACCAGAUGCCUCUCUAUAACCAACUUUAUGACGUGUAAUCUGCUAAUGAAUAAUGUCAAUCAGAUUAGCCUUCAAAUUUCUCAAGAGCACAAUAUAGAGGCAUCAAAAACACGAGAAGCCCUCCUACACUCUUUAGCACGAUGUAACCUUCAUAAUGUUUCCCACAGAAAUAGUACUGAAUUAAGCACACCUAACUUACAAAUAUCAAGCCACUCAGGGAGGGAGCUUGCAUCAUAUCUAUAGUGGGAAUCAACUACAGGUUGGCUGGAUUGACUUAAGAGGCUUCAAUAACAACACAGUUCUCUAGUUUAUUAUGUCACAUUAAGUUUCCUUCAUGGUGUGAUAAAUUUUUUGAGAAAUGAUUUGGCCCUUGGUCAUCUCAGUUCUUGUAGGAGAUAAUAAAUAAGAUUUAUGUCCGUCUUUUCUUAUUGCACUGCAUUGAUAUCUUUAAUAGUUGCCACAUUCAAGUUAGACUGUUCUGUAUGUACAUAUUUAUCUAACUGUUCUUGACAUGCAAAAUCCACUACCUCAUUGUCGCUAAGCUUUACCACAAAAAUGGUAAGAGGAGUACAAAACUGCUGUAAGCUAUUAAAAUGACCCCAGAAGUUAUAUCAGGUGUGCACUUACCUCUUCACAGAAAUCUUUAGAGACAUAUGAGCAGUGUUUAAAUAUCCUUCCUCUUAUUUAUUCAUUUACAGUGACUACCAGAAU